GUGACAGGAGUGGCCCGUCAUCAGGAUUGGAUAACAGGAUGUGAGUUGAGCUGUUUUGGGGUGAGGCGGUGCGUUUUGGGGGCACUCACAACUUGGUGGAUAGGUUUCUUGCGCAGUUUCUUCAGCGACUGCAACUAACCGACUGCAUAUCGACGGGGACUGCGCAGAGCGUGCGUCGGGCGGGUGGUGUUGGAGGUUUGCGUAAACGGCCGGAGCUGUGGCAGUGACGCACGGUCUAGGAGUCGCUGAUGUGGGAAGAAAGUUGUGGACAUAUUUUCUCGGAAGCGCACGGUUUUAAGGACACAGCGUGCAGAAAUCUAACUGCGCAUUCAGUCUUUCCACCGUACAUAACGACUCUGGAUUAUUUUUGGUUUCGUCCGCUUGUAAAACUCCUUUUCUGCUUUCAAUUCGCCAUAUUGCCGCACUUUGAAACUCGAUAGAAAGUUGACAGGACAGCGUUGACAUACAUGGAGUCUAGUUUGGACGCGGUUGGAGAGAGUUUUCCACGGGGUUUUACGCGCAGAGCACCGUGCGCCGCUGAUCAGGGAUCUUUGCUAUAGCGAUGACCACGGAGACCUGCAUCUGCACUUUCCUCUGAUUUGACCAACUUGGUUUAACUUUAUUCUCCCUUGGAUGCUAUAGAACUCAAGAAUUGCUUGAACUGCCCAAUACGGAUUUUUCACGAGCUCCAAUCAUCAGCCAUGAGCCUCCCUCCCCAAGUCAGCAAGCCCGCAAAGCACCGCACUGCAACCAUGAAGCAAGCCGUGCACCCAAGUGAAGACUUCUACGGCGUGGCUCAACCUGCUUUGGAUCCCGGCCACGCAGACUUAAAUGCAGGCGCAUCUGGGCUGUACCAUCCUGAAAAAACACAGCAAAAUUUAGGACACUACCAACAGCAGCCUGCUCAGGUGAAGUGGAUGCACCAGGAGACCGUGCAAGGAUCCGGUUGGACCCAGGAACCUCAGCUACCAGGGUGGGGUCAAAACAUUGCCGGAUAUAUGGCAGGAGUCAAUGUGAGGGGGCAGAUGUUUCUUAAAGGAAUGCACGAAGGGGUUGCUAUGGCGUCUGAAAACCAAAUGCAAGAUGUUUUUAGGGACAAUACGCAAUGGGAUUCUCUGCCCCAGAUCCAAAGUUAUCCACAGCAACAACAACAGCAGCACCAAGCACAUACUACUUUACAAGCACCGAUACUGCAACCGUUUCAGACUUUCCGGCAGAAUAAACCACAGCACGCGCAGUUCAAUCCGGUGUACUAUGCGGGGUUUCAGCAGAGUAAGACCAUGCAAAGUUUGGGUUUCUCCGAGCAACCGAAACAGCAACAACAGCAACAACAGCAACAACAGCAACAACAGCAACAACAGCAACAACAGCAACAACAGCAACAACAGCAACAACAGCAGCAACAACAACAACAACAACUUCUCCAUCAGUUUCCACAGCAGCAGCAAAUUCACAACCAACAGCAGCAGAUUCAAAUGCAGCAACUUCAACAACAUCAGAUGCAAAUGCGGCAGUAUCAACAGCAGCAACAACAGUGUAUGCAGGAGAGGCAUGUGCAGCCUAGCCAACAGAUUAAUCAACAGAAUAUUCAGCUGAACAUGCAACAAGUUGAGUCAAAGCAACAGUUCGUGAGAUACCAAGGUCAACAAGAACCUAAAAAGGAGGAGAGCGCAGAGCAACCAUGGGUAGACACAUCUGUGAAAGAAGCGGCAAUAGAUAAAGCGAAUCUAGCUACAGGAGUGCAGCCUAGAAGAUCCAGGAGGCUGUCCAGAGAGGGGCAGUCGCCGACAGCAGAGAUGCCCCAGAAUGGAGUAGGCACGUUGCGGCAGAGGGCAGCAGCAGAGGGCCAGGCAGGGACCGGAGGGGUGAUCCAGAGCCCCCGCAGGAGGAGGAGAUCCAAGGAGAUCAAUCUGGAGACACUGGCACAGCAGGCAGCCAAGAGAGAGUCACUGCCCGCUAAAGUCAAGGAUGUCCCAGUGGGCAGACAGUCUUCCAUGGCCCCCUUGGUCAUGCCCGUAUCAGUGCCUGUGCCCAGACCCCAGGAGACAGAGGGGAGCAGCAGUCUGGACCGACACAGGACCAGUGACCGCUGUGGGGGUCAGAGCCUCUACAAAGCUUCGGUCAUCGUGGCCCGAAGGCGUUCGCUCAGGAACUCUGUUGCGGAGAGCCCCAUGCAGGAUGGAGAGAAUGACUCGGGGACAGACGAAGAGGGGAAGCCCAAACCAAAGCGUCGUCCUCGGCCUGAACCUCUGAUCAUCCCCCCCCCGCGCCCCUCCUCCUUCAUCACCCCAUCUGUGUACUCCAGUAUUACUCCUUACCAGUCAAACCUGCGCUCCCCUGUACGCCCACUGGAUCCUCCCCUGGUGCUGCCGCCCUAUACACCCCCUCCCAUCCUGUCCCCGCUCAGAGGGGGGUCAGGGCUCUACUUCUCCACCUUCCUCUCAAACAUGGCCGCCGGGACACAGGCGCUGCCCCCUCAGGCGACGCCCAAAUCUGCCACUGUCAGCCUGCUGCGCCUAACAAGUACAGCCAGUUCAGAAGAAUCUCCUCUUACUAUCGUCACUGAUGCCACUCCAGUAAGCCUUGAGCCGCGCAUCAACAUCGGGCAGCAGUACCAGGCAGAGAUCCCGGAUCUACAGAGCCCUGGGAGAUGUGAGCAGGACCUGCAUAAAGCUGAUCUGCUGUGGUGCCCCCUGGAGGACCCCACCGCAGGGGGACAGGACCUGGUGCGUGACCUGAUGAAUAUGGCGUGCUCCAGUGUUCUCAGGGGAGGAGGAACCAACCAGGAGCUGGCCCUGCACUGCUUGUUCCAGAGUGGAGGAGAUGUGCUGGAAACAGUGGGGCGUCUGAUGCUGCAGGACGUGCUCUUCCCUAAAGACCACCCCCUGUGCAACUACCACUACUCAGGAUCGGACAGCUGGACUCCAGAAGAGAAACGCUACUUCAACAAAGGCAUCUCUGCGUACAGGAAGGACUUCAUCAUGGUGCAAAAGCUGGUGCAGACGAAGUCCGUGGCUCAGUGCGUAGAGUUCUACUACACCUACAAGAAACAGGUUAAGGUGGGGCGCAGUGGGAAUGUAACCUUUGGCCCCCUAGACUCCCCCCUGGACCAGCUGGAUGAGAUGCUCGAAAACAAGAGCUCCAUGCAACCAAGAGUGGUCCUGAGUGAUGUGGAAUUGACCCAUCAACUGCAGCUUUCCUCUGAACAAAACACUUCCUCUGAGCAGAUGCAGGAGAGCAGGCAUCAGGCAAGAGUCGCGCAGUCACUACAGGCACACGACUAUGCAGUGUCCGUAGUAGUGCCAGACCCAGUGAACUCCACUCUGCCCCAGCCCUCCGUUCCCCCCAGGCCGCGUGCCGAGCCCCAGGCCAAGAAGGGCAAGGCUCCCCCUAAAGCUCCCGCAGACCCAGACCAAGUGUUCCCCUGCAAGAAGUGUGGCAGAGUGUUUGGUAAAGUGAAGAGCCGCAGUGCCCACAUGAAGAGCCACGCUGAGCAGGAGAAGAAGGCUGCUGCCCUCAGGCUCAGACAGCAGGAGGAGCAAAACCGAGCUAGGACUCUGCAGCCGGGAUCUGGGUCUGAACAAGGACCAGGGUCUAGACCGGGAUCUCGCACAGAUCAGGGCAGACCACGGACUGUGGGACCAUACCAGGAGCAGGGCAGUGGGGCGGAGUCCAGUGAGGCAGACGAUGUUUAUGAUGAAGACUGGCAUUAGAACCAGCCCCUCUGAUCAAAUCCCAAACUAGAAGGUUUACUCAUAAGCAUAAUGAAAACACUUUGCUUUCCUGGUAUUUGCUUAGGCCUGUCACAAUAACACAUUUAAAUGUGCUAUAGAUUUCUUCUUUAAAAUAUAUUAUAAUAAACAGUCCUGAUGGCUUCAUCGAGCCAGGACCUGCAGCAGGCACUGGGGCGGUUUGCAGCCGAGUGUGAAGCGGCUGGGACGAGAAUCAGCUCCUCCAAAUCCGAGGCCAUGGUUCUCGACUGGAAAAAGGUGGUUUGCUCUCUCCGGGUGGGUGGUGAGUCUCUGCCCCAAGUGGAGGAGUUCAAGUAUCUUGGGGUCUUGUUCACGAGUGAGGGAAGGAUGGAGCGUGAGAUUGACAGGCGGAUCGGUGCAGCGUCUGCAGUGAUGCGGUCGCUGUAUCGGUCCAUUGUGGUGAAGAAGGAGCUGAGCCCAAAGGCAAAGCUCUCGAUUUACCUCAAUCUACGUUCCUACCCUCACCUAUGGUCAUGAGCUCUGGGUAAUGACCGAAAGGACAAGAUCGCGGAUACAAGCGGCCGAAAUGGGUUUCCUCCGCAGAGUGGUCGGGCGCACCCUUAGGGAUAGGGUGAGGAGCUCAGUCACACGGGAGGAGCUCGGAGUAGAGCCGCUGCUCCUACAUGUUGAGAGGAGCCAGCUGAGGUGGCUCGGGCAUCUGGAGGCCUCCCUAGGGAGGUGUUCUGGGCAUGUCCCACCGGGAGGAGCCCCGGGGAAGACACAGGACACGCUGGAGGGACUAUGUCUCUCGGCUGGCCUGGGAACGCCUUGGGGUCCCACCGGAGGAGCUGGAGGACGUGUCUGGGGUGAGGGAAGUUUGGGAGUCCCUGCUUAGACUGCUGCCACCGCGACCCGGCCCCGGAUAAGCGGAAGAAAAUGGAUGGAUAAUAAACAGUAAUAUUGAAGACCACUUUGUACCAAAGACCCAAUACACCUAAAGCUAGAUAAUUAAUCUAAACGCUUAUGCAUUUAUGCAUUCAGAGCAUCCUAAUAAUUAGAUUAUAAGCGAGUUUCACAACUUUCAGAGACCAGAGCAGAGUUUUUUCCAUGACAUAAUGCUAAUAAUGCACUUCCUGAUUAUCAGACAAUAAAACACUUCAUAAUUAGAAGCAGACAGUGUACACCGAAUUUAUUUUACAACAUUCAUAACUAGCGCAAAUAAAAUGCAAAAGCAAAUUUUGAAGCUUUUUACAAUGUUAUAACAUUCCCUAAUCAAAAGCAUGUCUGAAGAGGUUUGAGAUGUCAUCCAUGCGCAUAUGAGUAAUCUAGUGAUCUCUCCCGGACCCUUCUUACUGUUAGCUGUAAAGUCUGUAAAAUCAUCAUGCAAUCAUCAUGCAAGGGGAGGAGCAUCAGAAACGAGGGUGAAACUUUUUGAACAUGUUAAUACGUUGUUUUCAUUUUCACAAUGAUAAAAGGAAACAUAGUGACCUAAAUAUGUUAUGUGUCAGCAGGUAAUACAUAGAAAUACCCCCUCUUUAAUUAGCCAUUUAUUGAAUAAUAAGUUCAUAUAGUUGUUAUGGUGACAGGCUUAGUUCUACUGCCUCCACACACUCCCCUUCACUCAGCAGAAAGUGAUGAGGUUUUUUUUAUGUAUUGUUUUUUUCUUCUAAAAGUUUUAUAUUUACAUGAAAUGAAUGUCAAACACAACCUCACUAAGUAGACUGUGUGCAAAAGAUCAAAUUUUAUUACACUGCAAAAGAAGGGAUAUCUACAUUAGUUCAAUAGAUUGUUUUAUAAAGACUACAUAUUUAUUUCAGUAUUUUUGACUGAUUGGAUUUAAAGGACUCAUAUUCUGACUUUUCAGAGCUUUUCACCAUUUUAUAGUUGUUUCCUUCUCAUUUACCUUCUGACGCUGUAUUUGGGAGUGAUUCAUGUUUGAACAAUCUUUAUUCUCCUGUAUUUAAAACUUUAUUGCUCCUACCAUCCGCUUUGACAUACUUUUCAUUCUCCAAUUUUAUGUUCUAAAAGUGUGACAAAACAAAAAGGUCUGAAGUGGAGAGUGAACAGGGGAAGGGUGGGAUCUGGAGGACUAAAGGAGAGAGUGAGGGGGAGGAGGGCGGGGUCUGGAGGACUAAAGGGGAGACCUUUAUUUAACCAGGAAAGUCACAUUGAGAUUACUAAUCUCUUUUUCAAGGGAGUCCUGGCCACAGCACAGUUACAUUACAUUACACACACAUUUCAACACAUCACAAAAUUAAUUCUUAAAAGCAAUUACAAAUCAUAGACUUAAUUUCCAAACCUUUCAACAUAGAUUUAAACUGAACUAUUGAAGUCAGUUCUUGUAAUUUCAAGACUUUUUGUAAAUUAUUCCACGUUGAAGGCGCAGAAUAUUGAAAUGCCAGUGUCUGUGCGGACACUUGGGACAGAAAGAAGCAUGCAGUUUUGUGAUAGAUACUCGAGGGUUCUGCCGUUAAUACAUUAAAGACCACUUCUUCAGCAUUAGACUGAUCAUUGCACAAAAAGACAGUUAAUAUAAGAUAAGAUUUUACUAAACGAAAAAAACAUUUCCCAGUUUGGCCAUUUUUUAUGUUCAAAAAUUCACUUCCUGUUUGGAAAUCAUGGCACACUAGGGAAUUCUAACUGUUACCUUGCAACCAUAUUGUACACUGGGCCAAAGCUCCUGUAAUGUACAUAGAGAUUAUUAUUUGACAAAUAAGAUUGUAAGAAAACUUUAAACCUUAUUUCAACAAAAUAAACACAUCAGUAUCAGUUUAUAUGUGUAAAUUGUGCCGAACAUUUGGACAUUCAACACAGAAACGCACUUUAAGACAAAAUGUUUCAAGUGAAUUGAAACUAGAUCUUCCUUCUUUGCAGUGUAUAUUGUCAAAGCAUUUUACCAAUACAAAUAAGAGCUUGUAUUUAUAAUCUUGUUGAGAGAGUUGCAGAUUUGUUAUUUUUAGGCUGGUUGUACACAUAUUUUUUACAGCUAAGGGACCUUUUUGAAUUGUACAAAAGUUUGUAAGAAAAUGCCAUAUAUUUAUGAUGCAUUUUGCUGAUCUAAUACGAAUGUGUGAGUGCAUUAUCAAAACUGUAAAUUGAGAAAAAAAAAUAUAUACAUUUAUAUUGUUC